AUGGGUCUAGACCCUACUCAAGGAUACAUACGGAGAGAAGACCAAGCCUGUCUCGGCGGGCUGUUCAACAUCAGUUCCCAUGGGAACACGAACCUGGCGACCUGUGUGCACCUCUGCACGGUGUCAGGAUCGUGCGGGGCGUUUGUGCACGUGCCAGGCGACCCCGCCAGCUCAUGUACGCUCAAACAAGCAUGUCCGACACCCGCCAACGUCACCGGGGCCGACCUGUACUUCAAGAGGCGAUGUGGCUCAGUGAUCACAGCGUCCAGCCGAUCGCGGGAGUUUUACUCCGACAGCCCGUUCGACAAGAACAGCGAGUGUAAACUCUACAUCAUCGGCAACCCAGGCGGCAUGAUGGCCCCGAAGUUUAGCUUCAGCCUCUCGGGCGGGGACGAGUUAGAAGUCAACGCUGGUCCAAACAAGAGGUACUUUGUGGGUACAUAUACCAACACUGCUGUGGCCAACUUGCAAGUCGGAAUACCAGACGUUCACGAGGCGUACUUUGAUCUGACCACUGGAUCUCAAGACACCGGACAGUACCUAAGGGUCACCUGGGAUACCUGGGACGUUAGACCUCACGUGGUUGAGAUCAACAGCGAGGCUGAACAGGAGAUUCUCCGCGUCAUCACAUCAGCCAAAGAUGGAGACAAAUACUGGGUCGGACUGCGCUUCUCUCAGUCUAACUCCUGGUACAACUGGUGGCACCAAGUUCCGCUGGCCGCGCAGUCGUCCUGGUGGUCUGCCGGCACCGACAGAACGGCCGCGUUCGGCAGCGACACCUGUGUGAUCAUGGGCAGAACUGCAGGGUUCCAAUGGACAACUCAGCACUGUGGUCUCGGGGCCAGGGUCGUUUGUGAAACCGAUGGACGAGUCUGUGGGACGUUUUUCAGCAUCAGCCGCACGGUUUACGCCGACGCCCGUCCCUGGGUAGAGCUGGAUUUCGGUCGGGGGCUCUACGUGGCAGCAAUAGAGACCUCUGGCGAUGUGACCACGAACUGCUACACCAAAGCGUACAGUCUGCAGACCAGUACUGACGGGGUGGUCUACAACGAUCAUGGAACCAGCUCUGAGCCGUGUGCACGUGCUAAGGUGUAUCAGGCAAACUCUGACCCGAGAACAGUUGUCCGGACCUUCAUACAGCCGCGCCUUUGGGCGGUGUCCCUGCGACUCUUCCCUGUGGCCUGGUUCGGCCGCCCGGCGCUGACUGUGGGGGUCCUGGAGUGUGAGAACGCACUUAUCGCCGCCAGGCACCCGGGUAAUGUUUUGGGAGUGUUUCACAUGGGACCUGAGUUGUCUUUUCCCGCUGCCCAACAUCACUGCACCAAGUUCCACAGCAGAAUGGCGUCCCCAAGCGAGCUCCGGGCCGCGUUUCAGGCAGGACUGACUAACUACUUCUUCAAGCUUGCGUGGCUGACUGACCAGACUGGCAGAUACAUUCUCGAGCGCAUUGGGACUGGUUCGAAUUAUCACAAUAGCGGCAUCAUCAACUGGGGUGUUCAACCGCCUUCAAACCUACUUCACGUGUGGUGCAUGCAGCCUAUGUCAGAAAGACUGGGAUGCUCCACGCCCCUGGUCGCCAGACAGCCGUGUGCCUGGGAUGACGUCACACCUCAUGAAUGCGAGCUCCACGGGUGCUGCUGGGAUCCGUACCCCGGGUAUCCGGCUUGCUUCCAUAAAACAGCUGGCACAAACAUCGCCCUAGGGAAGAGGACACGUCAGUCGACAACACUGGACGCGAACAGUCACUCCUGGCACGGCAACGACGGCGUCAGAACAACGGAGGGUUGCAACGAGGGCAACGGCACUUGCGUCAGAACAGAUAACGUCACUAUUCCAGCACCGACGUACUACAACCCCUUAGACCACGAGUCCACAUUCUCCACUCCUAACGGCCACACAAUGGACGAAGGUGUCGGCGGCUCGGCCUUACAGCUCGAGUCGCGCCGUAGCCAGUACGCGAACCUGGGGAACUUCGCAGGCAGGUGCUUCGGCAGCACCCUCAACUGCCCCCGAGGCUUCACACUGGCCUUCUGGUUCAAACGUCCCACCGGUGAUGAACGCACACAGUACUACAUCAACAGCGGUGGGCACGACUUCACUAAGACCCGAGGAUUCACGCUGACCAAGAUGGCCUGGGAUCUAGACGACGUUUUCUACAGAGUUGCCGUCAGCGGCCGUCUGUUUCGCCACGAUGCAAAAGUCUAUCUUCUGCCAGAUAUGUGGACGCACGUGGCCGUCACUUGGCUGGAAGAACGCGGCCUGGAAAUCUUCGUGAAUGGGAGUGUCCAGCAGGUGACUGUCCGUGAGACCGAGAUCCCGCCCCUGGAGAAUGACCCUUACACAGACGUGUUCCUGGGCACCGAUAACACCCGGCCAGGGAGGCUCACCGUCACCGGGGAAGCCGUGUUCGACGAGCUGAAGUUCUGGGACUGGGUUCUGCCUGACGGACAGAUACAGCUGGCCAUGAUCCCAGGAUCAGGUGUCAAUGUCGCCCUGGGGAAGCCAGCGUUCCAAACAAGCACCGCUGAGCCUCCCGGCCUUGCCGUUGACGGGAACACCAAUACCAACCACUACGCUGGUUCCUGCACAGCCACUAGAGUUAACCCGGGAGAGGCUGACCCAACCUGGUGGGUGGAUCUCGGCCAGUCGUACGUGGUGGAUAGAGUGGUCAUCUUUAACCGCCAGGACUGUUGCGCUGAUCGACUCAACCCCUUCAACAUCCACAUCGGGGAUUCCGACCAGGUAACCACGAACCCCCAGUGUGGAGGUGACCAUCGAAUCGACGUGAGCCAGCCGUCCAUUUCCGUCCCGUGUGGGGGGAUGUGGGGGCGCUAUGUGGGCGUCCGUGCUCCGGGAUCCGUCCGGAUACUCGCCAUGUGCGAAGUCCAAGUAUUCCCUGCCGGGGACCACUUGUGGUACGUGGACUUAGACCGACAGUGGGCCAUCGACAGGGUGACUGUUGUCAAACCAGUCUCUGUAGACCUCAGCCCCUUCUUCAUUCACAUCGGAGACAAUGAGCAUAACAUGUCAGCCAACCCCCAAUGCGGGCAGAACCACAGCAUCGCCGCCAACCAGUCGGAACUGACCAUUCCGUGCGGAGGCACGCGGGGUCGGUAUGUGGGCAUCCGUCUGACCCAGCUUGGAGAGCCGCGGCGGCUGGAGUUCAGCGAACUCGAGGUUUAUCCCGUCUCAGACGAAGCCAAUAUCGGAGGAAUAAACGUUGCUGCCCUGUCCAGCGGUGGUCAGUGCGUGGACGCGUCAGAAAAUGUCGCUACCUGUGACGGCAUCAUCGACGGUCAGCUGACACCGAGACCAGGGCAGCUCGGCUGGCUGAGUUCGCAGGGCGUUGGCUCGUGGGUUCAGCUGAAGUUUGAUGGGUACUACUUCAUCAACCGGGCUAAGAUCGCACAGUCUACAUGGGUCACAGGUCAGAUCAGGACAAUGAGGCUGACGUUUGAUGACGGGUCCUAUGAAGAUGUUGAACUCAGGCAGCGUGAAGGAAGCGACCUGUACGACGUGACCCAAGUUUACUAUGACGACUUCACCUUCAGCACGACCAAAACAGACUCAGUGAAGAUGACUGUCCUCACCACGUAUGCAGCCUCCACUAGCGGCUUCAUUGAGGCUCAGUUCAUUACUGCCUAUCCUGAAGACUUUGAAUUGAUACCAGCACUCUCCAGAUUCCGGCAACACUUCGACAGGAGGUCCGGAAUGCCGGUACUCGCAGAAGCGUCUAAGUUGUCUCUUGCCGACUGCGCCAUCAGGUGUUUGGAAGAACCCACAUUUUUCUGCCAGUCGUUUCAGUACGAGGCUGGUAUAAGGCACUGCGAGAUGUUUGGAUGGGCGGCUCCUGAGGAUGGACUGGGAAGAUUGGUGAUGGAUUCAAGCGUCUCGUAUUUUGAGAGGAAUUUUGAAACUUUUUUCCUGUUCGAAUGGACUCCAACCCCACAUAUGACCUGCUCGUGUAUGUAUGCAAACAGCGCCACACAUGUGCCACAGAUAGGCUUUUGUUUAGCGCAGCAUCCUCAAAACCACUGGCUGCACACUGCAGAGGGAACUCUUAGAAACGGAGACACUUCACAGUGUCUCGAGCUUCUUCCCGAUAACGAAGUUAUCGCGACAGCCUGUUCACCGAUCAGAGAAUCUAUGUUGUUUGAAGUCAUUGAUGACGUCCUGAGCUGGAGAGUGUUGGGGAGAGAGGUUUGCUUCGAUAACAGAGAUGGUGUGGUAGAGCUGGUGAACUGUUCCGAUGUUCAGAAUGUUUUGAGGAAAUUACCUUUACACGAGGUAACUGAGUUGCUGACGAUGUCUACACCAUGUGACGCCAGAGAAGACCCGACAACUGAGGUAACGGGGAUGUUGGUAGAAGAAGUUGGGCCUGGAGCAGUGUCGGCACAUUGGAACGUAUCAGACAUGCCUGAGUAUGCCUCUCAAUCAAGUACUGUGCUAGUUGCUCAGACAAACCUUAGGACCGGUUUGACGACGAGCUGGAAUGUUUCUUGGGACACGGAUUUUUUCAACUUCACCCAUCUUGAGCUCGAAGUCUCGUACCUGUUGGAGGUAUACCUCAUGACACCAAGAAGCCACAUCUACCUGUCUUACUCAAGGACAAUAAUGCUACGAGGAAACGACGUCGAGAUUCACAAUCUGACGGUCUUCUUGGUGACAGAUGAAGGUUUUUACGUCACCUGGAACGUCACUUCUUCUCUAGUUAUCGGGUAUCAGGUUACAUAUCACCUGAUUGAUAGCGAUGAAGUUGACCAGUUGUAUGCGCAUCAUCCAAAAGUGCAUUUAAGGGGGCUGCUUCCAGGGCUGGAAUACAACGUGUCCGUAAGAGCCAUUGCUACAGCAUUUCAGGGUAGCGCCAGCAGUCUCCAACAAUACACUGUUGUGGACUCCCCGCGUGAUUUCCGUGCCGUGACCGUGACGGACCGUUCCGCUACUCUAGUCUGGACGGCGCCAGACGGCGAGGUUGUGGCCUACCUGCUGGAGCUCAUACCGGUCCUUUCUCCAUCAAAAGCUGCAAACACUUCCCUGAGCAGCAGCCUAACAACAGCGGAUCUAACCGGGCUAGCUCCGCUCCAGCCUUACGUCGCCAGGCUCUACGCCGUUGGUCACGCAGGCGUUAGCGGCGGUGUGUCUGCUCCGUGGAUAACAGAAGCGGCUUCUGAGCAGCAAACAUCAAUGACAUUAAUUACUACGGGCGUUUCAUCUACAGAAGCUACCAUUGCUACUUCAGCAUCCACACCAGCUCAAUCAACAACAGAGAACGUCGAGCCAGAUACAACAGAUGGUAUUUUGGAAGGCAAAGGGGGAAUCGAAGAAAGUGAUCUCGAUAACGAGGAGCUAAGCGACGACGGUUUUGGAGGCUUUGGACCACUAUCGAGUGAUGAAUCGUGGGAUUCUGAAACCCCCAACCAGGACUCUGAAGUCAGCAGCAGCUCGGAUGUUGAGGCUUACGUUUAUCGAGACAUAUCCAUUUCAGAUCAACAACAGCCAGACCGGAGCCCUUCCGACAUAACUGUUGACUACGAGGUGGACACUAGUCAGACUUUUCCACCGUUGAUGGUCGAAGGUCUCGCCAUCCCCGCCAUUGAUAUCGUGGAUGUCAAUAACAUCGCGGCAACGGAUCCAGCGGCACUUGUAGAAGCACUAGCAAGAGAAACGCAGUCGGAUCUGGGUGAACAUCCUGCCAUUGCUGAGAGUGCUGACAAAACUUUGAGCGAUAACAGCUGUAAAGAGGCCUUUGAUAUACUAACAAUUGCAUCAGAGCGUUUGGGGACCACAAACGCUGCUGGCGUCCUUGCCCAGUUAUGUGAAGCUGCCAUCAACGCGUGUAAAGACAAAUCACUGGAAGUAAAGCUUACCUACAUCACUGUUCUGGACAACCUGAACGAUGACCUUACGAGAAGGGUAGUGACGACAGAAGACGUAACACGCAUCAGUACAGACAUGUUACGAUCCGUUGGACACGUCUUCCAUGAAGCACUUAGUCAGGCAGACGACGAUUCGAUCACGAAUGAUGACUUUUUGUUGUCACCUGAGGAGAGAGAAGAUCGGAGUCGGCGAAUGAAAGAAGAACGCGACCAAAUGAAACGAGCAGUUGCUGCACGAGGCCGUAAGGUACUAAACGGUAUGGCAGAUCUUCUGAGACGAGAGUUGAGACCAGCUGGCCCAGCAAGACGCAUCGACACCGACAACCUCAGCCUACAAGUACAGAAAAUCCGUGGAAUGGAUCUGGCGGAUUAUCGACUGAACGGCACAGGCGUGAACACGGCCUUUCCCUCUGCUGAAAAACUGUUUAAAGGCUUUGUGCCGAGGUAUAUUGACGCUAAGCUCAUUAGUUACCAUGACAACCCCUUCACGUGGGGAAACAACUCAAACAUCAUCAACUCUGGUGUCCACGACAUCUCUCUGAUACCAUCGACCAUGUCCCCCGGGGAAAUAAGAGACACAGAAGAGGAUAUCCUGAUCACCAUCGGCACCAAUGGAGCGGACUCUUCCAGCGGACUUGUUCAUGAAGUAGAUUCCACCGGCAAUGGGAGCGUGGUGCACCAUGUAUUCAACGUCUCAGACGUAGAUGAUGCUUUCGUCGUCCAAGUCAUUGCGCUGAACAGGAGUUCCAGAAUAUCCGUGUUCGGGAGAGGAGGAGGCUUGGCCCAUAGUAAAAACUGUGAAGUAUGUUUGACCUGGCAGGACUGGAAACCGACUGCCUCCCAUCAUGGCGCUCCUGAGUCUCGGUCUGUCAUGUUUUUCUUGUCGGGAAGGAAUCAUACCGGAAAGUAUGCUGUUGGAGUACAAGUUGCUGGUGUGGACGAUGUCUACCAAGAUGCAGUCGAUGACGGCGUACUUCUUGUAGACCCUGCUGAUCAGCCCGGUUUAAGCCUGAAUGGGACCCAGUUCUACAGCCUGAAGGUGCUGCGUCUGAGCUGUCGUUAUUGGGCGGAGGACACAGAGAGCUGGCUGUCCAACGGAUGUAGAGUACACCCGACCUCCACAGUCACCGAGACUGUCUGCGCCUGUAAUCACAUGACAGCAUUCGGGGCUGGCUUUGCCACCGCGCCAAACACGAUUGACCAGACCACCGUGUUUGACAAGUUCGCGGACAUAGGGAACAACGCAGGGGUUCUCGCUACCGUGCUGACGACAUUAGCUCUGUACUUUAUCGGGGUCAUCUUUCUAAGGAGAGUGGACAAAGCCGGGAUGAAGAAGUUGAUUGUCCAUAGCCUACCAGACAACCGCUCCACGGACACAUACUAUUACAAAAUCACAGUAUACACCAGUCAUGGCAGAGGGUCUGGAACCAAGUCUAACGUGGCGUUCUCAUUGUUUGGAGACAAAGGGAGUACUUGUGUUAGGGUGUUCAAGCAAGGCCCGGAGACCUUCCAGGCUGGUGGCAUGGAUAUCUUCUUGAUGGCUGUAGAAGAAAGUCUGGGUGAUCUUCAUCGACUUCAGAUCUGGCAUGACAACCAGGGCGGCGACGACAGGGCCUGGAAGCUAGAUAAAGUUAUCGUGAGAGAUCUGCAAUCAGGCGAUACAAACAGCUUCCUCUGUAACCAGUGGCUCUCAAUGGACCAUGGCGACGGUCGUAUCAACCGGAUUCUUUCUGCUUCAACAGAGCAAGAUCUAUCGUCCUUCCAUCUUUUCACUACAAAGACAGCCGGCGAUUUUAGAAAUGAGCACAUCUGGCUCUCCACCUUAUUCUGCUCCAGUGGAAGCCAUUUCAGUAAGGUCCAACGUCUCUCGUGUGGACUGUGUAUCAUCUACACCACCAUGAUUGCCAACGCCAUGUGGUACAAAACGGAAGACAAUGUGGAGCAGACGACAGUGGUGAAUCUUGGGAUAGUUUCGUUCACCCUUCACGAGUUGUACGUCAGCGCAAUGACGUCGUUGUGUGUCCUCCCCGUGAACGUGCUCCUCACCCAGCUCUUCAACCGGUGCAAAGAAAAACCACAACCGGCCAAGAAUUCCGUGCAUGCUGCAGAGAAAGAAAACGUCAGAUCUUUGCUGUUGAAACCACGGUCAUCCUCCCAAUUCCUUCCCCAUGGAUUUGUGUACGUGGCCUGGUCAUUCCUGGUCCUCGUCUGCUGCAUAUCGGCGUUCUUCACCAUUCUCUACAGCCUGGAGUGGGGACCUGAGAAGGCAAACGCGUGGCUGAAGACAUUUUUGAUGUCCUUCGUACAAGAUGUGUUUGUAGUUGAGCCAGUCAAGAUACUGGCUGUCUCUGCCCUGGUGUCGUUUAUCUGUAAGAAAGCCGCGGUGGUAUCGACGAGGGACGACUUCGUCAGACAACACAUUGGCGUAGAGGAUUCCAGUCCGUCAGAAGGCGGUCUGUUUGCCUGGAUAUCUCACCGUGCGACCAUGAGAGUGGCUAAACAGCAGCUACAUAUGGCACUCUCGAAGCAUCACAAGUCGGAUGCAGAUUCACAGAAAGAGCGAAUGAAGAAGGAAGAGACAAGAAAACAAACAGACAAUGUGAUACAAGAGGUUGUCGGCUUCUUCCUGAUCGUGAUGAUUCUGCUCGUGGUGGCUAAUGGAGGUACAAACGUUUACUCGCACCACGCCUACAACACGCUGGGAGACAUCUUUCAAACGGACUUUGAUCAGAUCCAAACGGCGGAUGACUAUUGGUCGUGGGCGCGCGAUGUCCUUGUUCCGGGUCUAUUCCAGGAACAACAUUACAACGGUGAUAAACUCGGGUGGAGACGGAAGCGUUUCAUCAGUGACGCCGUUUCUUACAGGAUCGGAGCUGCACGCUUCAAGCAGAUACGAGUCAAAUCUAGGUCCUGUGGCUUUCACCAGCGCUACACCAGCCUGUUCUUGAACCAGGAAUGCAACAGCGGAAACUCCUUCUCAGACGGGGAAACGCGAGACUUUUUACCCGGAUGGAGACUCCUCUCCUCCUCCAAUUCGUCCGAAGAUUUGCUUGAGCAAUCCUCCUGGAUCUACCAGAUCCCCGACUCUGGUGGCGAGCUCCCCGCGAUGGCAGACAUUGCCACGUACGGCUCGGGAGGUUAUGUUGCCGGAGUAGGCAGAAACAAAGAUGCCGCCCUCGCUGUCAUCGCUGACCUGGAGAAAGCCGACUGGAUUGACCGCUAUACACGCACUGUCGUCUUGGAGUUCACGGUUUAUAACGCCAACAUCAACUUCUUCAGCACGAUGUCGUACACGGUGGAGUUCCUCAACAUGGGAGGGGCGGUGUCGUCCCGUUCUAUCCGGACCUAUCGCUUACAUCGGUUCGUGGGCCCAGCUGGGUAUGUAAUCCUGGCUCUGCACAUCAUUUACGUGGCGUGUUUCCCGUACACGCUGUACAGAGAAGUAAAACUGAUGAAGGAACAAGGGAAAAGGUACUGCCAACAACCGUGGAACCUUCUCGAGAUUGUCAACAUCCUGGUUUCUUUCAGCGCCUUUGCCGUGUUUGCUGUAGACUACAUUACAUCGAGGAAUACCCUGGACAAGCUACUUCAUCAUCAUGAGUCGUCGAAGUACAUCAGCUUCGAUCUUGCUUCCUUCUGGAACCAGGUGUUUGUUUGGACAGUGGCCACCGUCGCCUUCAUCAACAUCUCAAAGUUUCUUCGCCUCCUUCGCUUCAACCCGCUCAUGUCUGUCUUGAUGACGUCAUUACGGCGGAUGUUACCAGAGGUCGCGGGCUUUGCCGUCUACUUCACCUUCCUGUUUAUGUCAUUCGUGCAGCUGGGACACUUGGUGUUCGGACUGAAAAUACAGGAAUACUCCACGAUUACCGCAUCAGGAAAAAGUCUUUUCCUCUGUGCACUGGGGAUUUUUGAAUUUGAUGAAAUUCUGAGCACCAGUAGAAUCAUCGGGCCCUUGUUCCUGUACACCUAUCUGUGCAUCGUCUUCAUCAUCAUCAUCAACAUCCUGGUGGCCAUCAUUAAUGACGCACUUGUGGUCAUGAGAGGGUUCACGCCGCCUCCGGAACAUAGGGAGAUUCUGGAAGAGUUGUGGAGGAGGCUUGCCAACUUCCUUGGUCUGGCAAACUCUGCAAGUCGGGAGGAUGACAUGCUGGCAUUGGAAAGACUGGAUGAUCGUUUGACUCGACUGGACCUUCUUACACGGGCCAUGAAGGAGAGAAAAGUCGCAGAGAAUGUGAUGCGAAGCUACUAUCAGGCUUUUGAAUUACCUAAAAAAUGACUUUGUCAUUGGCCAAGUGAUGAAAUUCGAUGUUAGAAAUGAUUAGA